GUCUACGAUAAUUCUCGUCCACUGCCUCGCCACUCGGCCAGCUGUUCCUUCGUGAUAUCAGAUUGAUCUGAGAGCAUAUACAGCCCCACAGACAAGCCAUGACAGAACAGACUCCCCUUGUUACAAGUCAGGAAUCUCAGUUGACCACUAAAUACAGCAGCACAUCUAUAUUCCCAAACAGCCGUGGCAAGAAGGCUUUCCUUGGUGCCCUGGGGCUAGCUACAAGCUUAUUGGCAAUUCAACAAAGCGGGAUCGGUCGUUUUGGAGGUCAUGGCGGUGACCUUGACUGCUCGACGCCGCCGCCCCCCUCGGAAAGUACUUGUCCAGAUUGGAGAGACCAAAUUCCCGUGUCCGAAGUGAGAAUCCUGCCAAGUCUGAUCGAUUGCCCAGGGUCAAGCUCCCAGGGAUAUAUCGAGAAAUGGGUUAAGAUGGGAUUUUUCGAACACUUUCGAGUCUGUGUUGAAAACGGGACCACAUGCAACAUGAGAGAUGUGAGUUGUCCUUGCCACCGGAAUCGUCUGUCCAGACUGAAGGGGGAUAGUGCUGAUGGAUCGUAUCCACACUUAUCUAGUGCGAGCUCCAUAGCGAAGGUUAUGGACCUCCAUUUGCCGCAAUGAUGCUCCCCGCGAAGGGAACCACCACAGGGUCUGUCCUGUACACCGAUAGAAAGGGUGAACACUGGCGCUCUGGCACGAUCCAACUGACCUGCACGAAGG